AUGCAUCGCCCAAAUGUAGAAGCAAACCCAUCCCUCUCUUCGAGAGCCCAGCAAAUCGAUGCGUCCUCUAGCGAGCCCCGAGAACCGGACGGAAAAAACGAGCCCAUCAAAACGAUUUUUACUGACGAAGAGCGAGCCGCAAGAGCGGAAAAAGCAAGAGUUUCCUCCAUAGGGAAAGGGCUUUGGGAAGCGGCUCAUGCCAAAAUCGAUAAGCAGCGAUUGGAUCGGCUCCAGAGACAGGUCAAUGAUGGGGAUGAGAAAACGCCAGAAGAACUGCAAGAUGCAGUAAAGCAAAAAAUAAAUGACAUCAAAGAUUCUAGAUUGAAGUUGAAGCUUCGGAAUGGUGAAGUCUUGCAGAUCAGGGAUGGAGCUAUGAAGGUGAUCAGGACCAUUCUCAGCUACAAGGACAUAAUUACAGCGGCUGUAGCUUCCGAGACUCAUGCCAGCCUUGCUUGGGGUGGCAUCACUGCCCUCUUACUAAUCCUCUCCACCGCGUUAUCGCAAACUGACGAUGCUCUCAAUGAUUUGGAUGGCAUUUCAACUCUCCUUAUUCAAUACCGUGCUAUUGAGGUUACCUAUGAUCUAUCUGAAAAUCCAGAGGAAAGAUUUGGAGCCUCUGAUCACAUUCGAAAGCUCCACAGCCAGCUCAGAGACCAAACUAUUGAGCUGUAUAAAGAAAUACUUGAGCGUCAAAUUGACCUCAUGGAUCAUUAUUCGCACAACAAAUUUCGACGAGCGAUUCAGGAUAUUCCCUCUACAUCACUGGGAAACUUCUCAAAAAUUCAGGAGAUUUCGGGUGAUGCUUUGAAGACUUUGCAAAUGAUGGACAGCGUCACGAUAGUUGAUGUUGAUCGCCAAUUGGUACCACCCAGAAGCAACUUCAAAGAGAUCAUGGAUCGAAUGAACGAAGUACACAAAAAUGUCAAGGUAUAA